AUAAGAUAAACUCUGCUAAUAUGUUUGGUCUAUACCUCCCAGUUUGGCUCAUGCCAACUGCGUUGAGGCAGAUGGAUAGCCUUUCUCAAGACUUUUGCAUAUAAAAUUAAAAAAAUAAAAAUAAUAACAAAACAUGACUGACAUGAAGUAAAAAGUUGCAGAGUGGGAUUAGCAAAGCAUGAGUUAGGUUUAGCAUGCAUCAGCACAUGCGAACUUUAGCAUCCGUAACCUUGUAAGAGCUCUUGUCACUUGUCGUCCAAAGAAAAAGAGCUCUCACCACGCACCAACUGCCACAAUUGGGUCACGACCAGUAAUUGCACUUAAAUCCCAAUUGAGGUAAAUACUUUGGCAUGCACGUUCCGUCCAGCUGUAACCGUGUAACCGCGUGUCACUUUCCUUUUCAGACUUGUUUCCCGAAAUUUUCCUGCUAAAAAAUUCACUCUCGCAUAUCAUCAGAACUCAACUUCUUGAUCUCAGUUUUCAGUGGAGAAGAAUAAAGAUGGGAGAAAGGAAAGUCCGGUGUCAUUACAUUCCACCAGAUCUUGAUCCCGCAAAAAUACCACCGAUACAACGUAAGAAACAACAGGACUGCAGAUGGAUGCUUCCGAUGAGUAUUCGCUGCAAAACUUGCGGGAAUUACAUGGGUAGAGGAACCAAGGUUAAUACCCGUAAAGAAAUCGUAGACGGUGAGACAUAUUUAGGAAUUCGAAUCCAUAGGGCCUACUUCAAGUGCUCUACAUGCUCAGCAGAAUUCACAAUAAAGACUGAUCCACAAAAUUCAGACUAUACUGUUGAGUUUGGAGCAACCAGAAAUUUCGAGCCAUGGCGUGUUGAGGAUCAAGAGGUGGACAGGAGAAAGGAUGCAGAAGGGGAUCCAUUGAAAUCUUUGGAGAAUAGAACGCGGGUAUCCAAGAGAGAGAUGGACACAGACGCGGAUAUCGACCAAGUGAGGUCUAUUAAGGCGAGACAUGCUGCGGUGAGUUCCGAAGCAAUGCUUGAGGCCCUGCAGCGUAAUGCCAAGGAAAAGGAGAAGCAACUGGAGGCGCAGGACGAAGCAAUCGCAAAAUCGAUUUUUCGUAAUAAGGAAAUCGUUUUGAGGAUCCAUGAUGAAGAAGAUCAGGCAGUUCGUACGCUGAAAACAAAAAUUGUAGAUUAUAGGGAUCCAACAACUGGUUCUCUGACAAAGAGCAGAUUUCUGAGGCCUUGUAGUAGAGGAGAGGAACUGAACCUGUCGAAGUUGAUAUCCAAUUCUUCUUGUGUUAGAGUCUCAGUCAUCAAGAAGCCUCGAACUGUCCCAAAAUCAUGAUCAUAAUGUUUUGCUUCAUAGACUGCAGAAGGUUUGCGAAACCUCUUGUUAACCUGUUUUUACUUUUUCUGAUUUUGCAAUUUAAAACUGUAACAAUGUAACUUUCCCAAUUUACUGCCUAUGUCACGGCCUUUCAACCUGACAAAUAUUUAACA